AUGCUGUCAGUAAGCUGCUCUCACCACGCAACUCCACACCCUUUCGGCCAUCGCCCAGACAUAACUCGCGGGUCGAGGGGCGCGCCAGAUCUGGGCUGGGACAGCAAGAGAGAAGAGUCGGAGAGAGCUGCUCGUGUCCGGGCAUACCCCACUCCGCCCAUGUCAGGCUCUCCGCCGCUUCCGCCCAGAAUAGUUCACGAAGCGAACGAAUAUGGCGAGGGGCCCUCGCGGCACUCUGGAUCGCUGGCUCAAGAUGUCUAUCGGGAUAGAGCAGCGCCCCCACAGCAUGUCGACGCGCAGCUUCGGCUGCCACCACCUCUUGCGGGCUAUCAGCGUGAGCCGCAACGAGUUCCAUACGUCGUUUCGAGAUAUCCGGGCGAAUCAUUGCAACAGACGCCAUCCUACGCCUCGCCGGAGUCUCAUCUGUCGAGGCCAGAAUUAUAUCAGCACCAACAUGUGGCAGCCGCGGGCCCGAGUUCAGAAGCCAGUUAUGCCAUGGUCAAUAGGGGGGGUGCUCCAGAUAAUCAACCAUUUGCCUCCCCAAAGUCUCAAAGGAAAGCAAAGGGUCACGUAGCCUCGGCGUGUGUUCCUUGCAAGCGAGCGCAUCUCCGGUGCGAUGCACAGAGACCUUGUUCGAGGUGCCUUAGCAACGGCAAGGAAGAUGCCUGCGUGGAUGUCCAACACAAGAAACGAGGGAGGCCACGGUUACGAGACGACCGAGACACCCGGUACGAUGCGCUGCGAAUACCCAGUUAUACGGACAUAUCCGCACACAGGCCUUUUGCUGUGUAUGCGCCGGGCGGGUUGGUGGGCCAAGAGGGCGACGAGAUGUCUCAACACCGCCAAUUCCACAGAUCGUUCGAGUCGCCUGUUGGUGGCACGCUACCGAUUAGGCAGUAUGGCAGACCCGACGAUGUCAGCGUCUAUGGGGCGUCUCCGGAGCCUGUUGCCUUCCUCACGAUGGGGAUGGAAUUUGCCAAGACAUCACCCGCAUUUCUGAAAAUACUUGGUGUCGCAAGCCUCACUGGACGCAGGCUGCGAGACCUUGUCGUUGACACAGAUGUGGAUAGUGUUAUGCUUCUCCAGAACCGAGUUGUAGAGGAACAGAGGAGGAGGGAACCAAAUUACCUCCCCCCAAUACUCGGCGGUGGACCUGCUCUCCAGGGUCUUGGUUUUACCGCCACAGAAAUUUCGCAGUUCGUCUUCAGCAUUCAAGACAGGCUAACCUUUGUUUGUCCUGAUGGCUAUGCGAGACAGUUUGGGUUGCAUAUGGGCUUGGGCAAAGAGGGUUCUUUCUACUUUGUGGUGAUGCUCCUGGCCGUACCACACGGAUAUCAUUAUGCGCAGGUACAACCCUCAUCGGGCGCGUCGGUUUACAGCCAUUCAGGGAGCCAGCGGCCACCACCUACAGCUCGGGCCACUGAUCCGGCUCAUUUUGACCCGGUUCGGCAUCGGCUUAGUGAAGGCUCGCUACAAACCCGGUCUUCGUUGGGGCCAAAUUUAUAUGGAGGUCCCGAUGCGUUAAGAACUAGUCCAGGUUCGGCGACUUUGUUUUCUUAUGCCACAUCGGGACGGAGUAGCAUCCCCUCUGGUGCGUCUCCGACACAGACAACAUACGAUCCGAAUCGGAGCCAGACGCCAUACUCUGCGGAGCCUGCGAGGAGCCACGGCUACCAACUUGCUCCCAUUCGAGCGCAGUCUGAACAUCGUACGACGCCUGUUGCUCAGGCAUGGCAGCGCGAGGAGCGCCCGAGCCGCCUUGACAUAGAGGGCUUAAUUAAUAGGCCCCAGAGAUCUGAGCGAAACCCGCGGGAGCAGUGA